AUGUUCGCUUGCUGCUGUGCAGAAAGCGAUGAGCGAACCAAAGCGAUUGAGAAGGAGCUUCACAAAGAGCGGAAAAUUCUUCGGAGGCAGGUAAAGUUGAGAAAAAAUGAAUUGUCAAAAUUGGGACCGAAAUCAUACAGAAAAUCACAUUUUGAGAAAAAGGAAUAUGGAGAUAGAGAUGACUUUUAAGAUUCAAAUUUGAAUAAUGGGUGAAAUUUUUUUUAAUUCGAAAGAAAGUUGGGCUUGGGUUUAUUUUCUCGAAAUCCAACUGGUUGCCCUGAGAAAUCUGAACUCAUUUUGGAUAGGAUGGCGGGCUCUUUCCACAAAUUAGUGUAUGAAACCGAGCUUCACAAAAUUUCACGAUAGCUCGGAAAGUUAAAAAUUUUUGAAUGAAGUCUCAACUUUUUUCAAUUUCUUGUUUGGGAUCGUUAUUUGCAUCUGAUGGAUUCUAAUAAUUUUCAGAUUAAACUAUUACUUCUUGGCUCUGGAGAAUCUGGAAAAUCCACUUUUGUCAAGCAAAUGCAAAUCAUCCACGGCGCUGGGGAGUUCACAGCAGAUGAAGUCAGAGCCUACCGACAACAAAUUUAUCAAGUUCUUAAUGAAUUUUCUCGCUUUUUUCAUUUUUUUUUUGUGUUUGCAGAACGUUAUAUCCGCAAUGCGAGUUUUACUGGAUGCAAGGCAAAAAUUGAACAUCAAGUGGGAAAAUCCGGAAAAAGCCCACAACGUUAAUAAAAUCUUGAGGUAGCGAAAUUUAAACAAAGAAGUUAGAAAAAAAUAAUGGAAUUUUAGAUUCACGGGAACUGAUUUCAUGAAAGGAAUCGAUUUCACAACUUUCGUGGAAGUUACGCCAAUAAUCAGAGAUUUCUGGGAGGACGCUUCAAUCAGAAAAACCUAUGAGCAGAGGAAUCUUUUUCAAAUAGUGAGCUUACUCAAAAACCUUUCGCGAUUGAAUAAUUCAUUUUCAGAGCGAUUCUUGUCAAUUCUUCUUUGAUAACUUGGGCCGGAUAGCCAUGCCUGACUUCCAUCCAACGAAUCGGGAUAUUUUAUUCUGCCGUAAAGCUACCAGAGGCAUUUCAGAGCACAUUUUCGAGAUCAACAAAAUUCCAUUCAGGUAUUUUCCGAUUUGGAAAGUUUUAAAUCAUCUCACUGUUGCAGAUUCAUCGAUGUGGGAGGCCAGAGGUCGCAGAGGCAGAAGUGGUUCCAGUGCUUUGCGGACAUCACCAGCAUCUUAUUCAUGGUUGCCAGCAACGAAUACGACCAGGUCUGGACAAUUUCAAACCCAAUAAUUUUUUUUUCUUGGUUUUAAAGGUCAUUUUGGAGGACCGAAGGACGAAUAGAAUAGUCGAAUCGAGGGCUGUUUUCGAAACGAUCGUCAACAACCGCGCAUUUUCCAGCGUUUCAAUCAUUUUGUUCAUGAACAAAUGCGACUUGUUAGAAGGUAUUGAUAAUGAAAAUCCAAACAAAACCGCGUGUUUGCAGAAAAAGUUCCCAAAUCCGACAUUCGGCAAUACCUCGACGACUUCACGGGCGACCACUUAUCGGUGAGCUCUUAUUUUUAGCCUCACGUUCAUUUGUAUUUGCUUGAUGUUUGGUGUUUACUCACUUCAGCAGCAUCCAAUUUUUAUGAUUUCUAAAGAGAUAUCAUCUCAAUUAUUCAAAAAAAUUUUCAAUGAAAAAGGGAUUAUUUUUUUAUAAUUCAAUGAAGAAUGAUUUUUUUUUUUUUUUUCGGAAGCACAAUUUUUUUAGAGUGACCGUCUUUGAAAAAAAUCAAUGAACAAUUUCAAAAAAACAAGAAAAAGUCGAAAAAAACACCGGCAAUUUAUAUUAUGAAUUACGAAUUUACGGUCCAAACAGAAAUAAUAAGGUGAUAUUCCGUUUCAACAAUUUUUCUAAAGCUCAUUUUAAAGGACUUCCCAUAAAUUUUUGUAGUUCUAUUAUUGAUUCCAUGAAAGAUUAAAAAAAAUAUCCAACUUCUCAAACCAUCAAUUUGAUCGAUUUCAGUGAAAAUUGACAUUUUCCAGGUCCGAGACGUGCAGUUUUUCCUGGUGGACAAAUUCGAAGCUUCUCGGAAAGAUCGAGCCCGUCCCUUCUUCUAUCAUUUCACCACCGCCGUUAACACUGACAACAUCCGGAGGGUUUUCAAAGAUGUCCGAGAAAGUAUCUUGGAAAAGAAUCUUGAAGCUCUCAUGAUGCAGUAA